UACCUUACUGAUUAUUGUUUGUUAUACCUUUGUGAUUGGUUUGUGGGCCGUUUGGUUAACAACAAAAGAUAUGCACGUUGUAGACUCUCCCGCCAUCGUUGUGGAUGAGGUCGUUGCUUUUUGGUUUAUUUUAUGGGUUAUUUUACCUACUAACAGCCUUCUACUUGAAACCUUUGCGUAUUUUGAUAUCACCAAACCCCCACCAAUUAAAGCUUUAGAGUUUAAAAACCCUCUAGGAGUGAUGUUAGACGAUUUAAUGGCUGCUGUUUAUACGCAAUUGUCUGGAGAAUUGCAACUUAAGUGUUUCAAAUAUCAUUUUCGAUAUGACAACACGAUUGGUAACCACAUGACAAACCCCGCCUUUGACAGCUUGCUCCCCUUAAUUGAACAACUCAAAAAAUAUUCUGCCCAUAUCACCUGUGCUGAAUCUUGUACUGGUGGGUUGUUAGCUGCAGCACUAACCGAACCUGCUGGAGCAUCACAGUGGUUCGAUGGUGCAUUAGUGACUUACAACCCAACCAAUAAAAUCAAAUGGUUAGAUAUCAACCCCGAACUUAUUGACUCACAUGGUGUUGUGAGUGAGCCAGUCGCAUUGGCGAUGGCA